AAACAGCUUCAUACAUGCACUCGAGGUUGUCUCCGUACAGAUCAAUAUGGUGCUCUGAAGUGUAAACAUCAUGCACCAUGGCCACUAUCAGAGGUCGACAUCGUUGAUGAGAAGGGAUGGUGGCAGCCAAAGCGAAUCUAUGGAUACCUGAACGGAUACGUGCCAGCGAUCACUGUAAAUUGCCGAUGCAAUAAUGAUGGAAAGUUACUCACCAAUUCUGAAGAAACAAACAACAUCACAUUCUACGUGACAGGUUAUGCCGCUAAAAAGCAGGGCCGCUCAUACAAUACAUCUGCAUUGUUAGUCAAGGGUCUCAUAUAUCAUUUUGAUGAUGAGACAUACAUCCAUCAGAUUCAAGAGCAGGCACACAUGUUACUGUUCUGUUCAGUGAACAUUCUCAAUCGUCAACAGGAGAUACCAGCACCUAUGGUUUUCUCCUACUUGAUGGGAUGGGGAGAUGUGAUCAAAUCACAUCACUACAUCUCAGUUUACUGGACGUCUUUUACAGGAGCACUGUUGAAGGCAGAUCCUGAAUUGCAUCGCAACUGUAGGUAA